AUGGACACUUCUUUGCUAGCAGUAUCAUCCCAUUCUAUUGGAUUGUUGUUUAUGGUUUGCUUCAGUGUAGAGCUUGCACUUGUUAUUGGCAUUGUCAACAAUUGUUCAGAAUCAUCAUGUGGAAACUUGGUGAUUCGAUUCCCUUUUCGAAUCAAAGGGCGGCAUCCCCAACACUGUGGCUAUCCUGGCUUUGAUUUAUUUUGUUCAGCAAGUAACAAAACUGUGAUUGAACUGACAGAGUCAGUGAAGCUCAGUGUCAAUAAUAUUAACUACAAACACCAAAUUAUAGAAUUAUCUGAUCCAAAUGAUUGCCUUUCGAGGCAGCUCCUAAACCUCAAGCUCAGUCUAUCAGCUUCACUUUUCCAAUUCAAGCCCAGCUACCAUGUACAUGGUGACUAUAACUUUUUCAAUUGUUCAUCAAUGAAAAGAAGUUUGAACUCUUAUUUAGUUCCAUGUCUCAGCCCAAGUGACUCAACCUCUCGAGUAUAUGCUAUUCCAUCCGAUACACGCAUGGAGAACCUGGAACUGACAUUUUGUACCAAAAUGUUAAAUAUUUCAUCCUCCCCUUUUGAUUUUCUUAAAGAGAAUAUUCUCGUUCUGACAUGGUCUGAGCCAAACUGUGAACAUUGUGAAUCAAAAGGGAAUAGAUGUGGGUGGAAGAAUGAUACUGCCAUGCUAGUGAAAGAAAUACAUUGCUUCUCCAAUCACAAAGGUUCAUCAACAGCUCUUGCCACCACAGGAUCUGUCCUAGGAUCGUUGUUUCUCAUCCUCCUGACCGGUGCAGUUUACCACAUGUAUGACUCUUACAGACAGCAAAAGGAAAAACAAACAAUUGUUGAAAAAUUUUUAGAAGACUACAGAGCUCUUAAGCCCACCAGAUACUCAUAUGCUGAAAUUAAGCGAAUCACCAAUAACUUUGAGGACAAGUUAGGAGUGGGAGCCUAUGGAACUGUGUUUAGAGGAAGCAUUUCCAAAGAAUUUAUUGUUGCUGUAAAGAUGCUGAAUAAUUCCCAAGGAAAUGGAGAAGAGUUCAUUAAUGAAGUUAGUACAAUGGGCAGAAUCCACCAUGUUAACAUUGUUCGAUUGGUCGGUUUUUGUGCAGAUGGAUUUAGAAGAGCUCUUGUUUAUGAGUUCUUACCAAAUGGUUCACUGCAGAAGUUCAUAAAUUCACCAGACAACAGGCAGAACUUCCUUGGUUGGAAAAGGCUGCAGGACAUUGCUUUAGGCAUAGCCAAAGGAAUUGAGUAUCUUCACCAAGGUUGUGAUCAGCGCAUUCUCCAUUUUGACAUUAAGCCUCAAAAUGUGUUACUCGACCAAAACUUCACUCCAAAAAUAUGUGACUUCGGUCUAGCCAAAUUGUGUUCAAGGGAUCAGAGCAUAGUGUCAAUGACCACAGCACGAGGAACUCUGGGGUACAUUGCUCCUGAAGUUUUCUCACGAAAAUUUGGAAACGUGUCAUACAAGGCAGAUGUUUAUAGCUAUGGAAUGAUGCUUCUUGAAACAGUAGGGGGGAGGAAGAUCACUGAGGACUUAGAGGAAAACAUCAGCCAUGUUUACUACCCAGAAUGGAUUCAUAAUCUUUUAGAAGAACGUGAGGAAAAGAGAAUUCACAUAGAUUAUGAAGGGGAUGAAAAAAUUGCAAAGAAACUAGCAAUUGUGGGACUUUGGUGCAUCCAGUGGCAUGCUAUGGAUAGACUAUCCAUGCAAGUGGUUGUUCAAAUGUUAGAGGGAGACAUAAACAGAUCCUCAAUGCCUCCUAAUCCCUUUGCUUCUGCAGGACCAAGGAGAACAAGUGCAAGUGCAAGUUUGGGUGAGACUGCUAGACAACUAAUCCAAGACUUCGAUGUUAUCCAUGAGCUCGAGUAA